GAGAGAGAGAGAGAGAGAGAGAGAGGGAGGGAUGGGGUAGGCUGGUAACCGGGCUGUAACGGGGGGAUAAGCUGCAGCCUCCGUCUCUCAGGUGCUCCGAUGGAGUGAACCGGCCACCGAGGCGCCUUUACUUCCUGUCUCUGUCGAUCAUGGAGAGGGUCCUUCUCUCAUCUCAGUGAAGCCUGGGCCGGGGGUCAGAGGUCAUCCAUUAAAACCUGCACCUCUCCCUCGUACCCCUUGCGCCCCCCCUCCACCAGACCCACAGCCCCCUCGUCACCCAACACUGUUUCCCCCCUCCUAAUACAACGUUGAAACUCUCACCCACAAGUCCACAGAGCUCGUCUCCCCCCUCUUGCACUUGUCUCCUGCUUGAGAGGAACGCCCCCCCACACCCCACCCACCCUAAAGUAUCGGUUGGCCGUCUGAUUAGGAGUCGGUGGUCCACCAGACGCUGCCGUCAAGUGUCCUAGACCGCCUCUCAGAUAUAACGCCUCUCACACCCAGGCCUCAAGAUGAUGUGCGAGGUGAUGCCCACCAUAUCGGAGGACGGGCGCGGAGGCGGAGGAGGCGGCUCGUCUUCCCCAGCGGGGGGCGGAGGAGGAGGCAUAGGAGGCAUUGGGGGCUUUGGCAGCAGGGAGCCCCGUGGUAGUGGUAGUGGUGGUGGUAAUAGUAAUAGCAGUGGCGGCGGCAGCGAUGAGGGCGGCAGCACGGGCAACCUGGAGUCACUGAUGGUGAACAUGCUGACGGAGAGGGAGAGGCUGCUGGAGAGCCUGAGGGACACCCAGGACUGUCUGGGGACGGCCCACCUGCGCCUCAGAGAUCUGGGCCACGAGAAGGAGUCGCUCCAGAGGCAGCUGUCCAUCGCCCUGCCGCAGGAGUUUGCAGUGCUGACCAAAGAGCUGAACCUCUGCCGGGAACAGCUGCUGGAGAGAGAGGAGGAGAUAGCAGAGCUGAAGGCCGAGAGGAACAACACACGGCUGCUGCUCGAACAUCUGGAGUGUCUGGUGUCCCGCCACGAGCGCAGCCUGAGGAUGACCGUGGUGAAGAGGCAGUCCCAGUCCCCGGCCGGGGUCUCCAGCGAGGUGGAGGUCCUGAAGGCGCUCAAGUCCCUGUUCGAGCACCACAAAGCUCUGGACGAGAAGGUGAGGGAGAGACUACGGGUGGCGCUGGAGCGGGUGGCGUCCCUGGAGGAAGAGCUGCAGUCCUCCUCUCAGGAGGUUGUGUCUUUACGGGAACAAAUCAAGCGACGGCAGCAAGGACUAGAAAACGGCAAAGAGCGGCUUCCCAACGGCCCUUCGUCCAUCUUGGAUGAGGCCGACGUCGACAGGCAGCGAGAGGGCGAGAUCGAGCGACAGAGGUCAGAGCUGGGUCAACUGAAAGAGAGACUGGCCCUCAUGUGCAGACAGGUCGGGGAGAUCGAGGAGCAGCUGACGUCCGCCCGGAGGGAGCUGGCCCGGUCGGAGGAGGCCAACCAGAAGCUACAGCGGGACGUGAAGGAGGCUCUCUGUCAAAGGGAGGACAUGGAAGAGAGAAUCACCACGUUAGAGCGCAGGUACCUGAGUGCCCAGAGGGAGGCGACGUCUCUCCACGACACAAAAGACAAACUGGAGAACGAGUUGGCCAGCAAAGACUCGCUGUACAGACAGAGCGAGGAGAAGAACCGGCAGCUCCAGGAGCGUCUGGAUGACGCCAAACAGAAGCUGCAGCAGACUCUGCAGAGGGCCGAGACGCUGCCAGAGAUCGAGGCCCAGCUCGCCCAGAGAGUGGCAGCACUCAACAAGGCGGAGGAGCGUCAUGGUAACUUUGAGGAGCGACUGCGACAGAUGGAGGCGCAACUGGAGGAGAAGAACCAGGAGCUACAGAGGGCGAGGCAGAGGGAGAGGAUGAACGACGAACACAACAAGCGUCUCUCCGACACGGUGGACAAGCUACUGUCCGAGUCCAACGAGAGGCUGCAGCUGCAUCUGAAGGAGAGGAUGGCCGCUCUGGAAGAAAAGAACGCCCUGUCCGAGGAACUAUCCAACAUGAAGAAACUCCAGGACGAUCUCUUGGCAAACAAGGACCAGCUGAUCGCGGAGCUGGAGCGUAUUCAGCUGGAGUUAGAUCAGCUGAGAGCGAGGCCCGGGGGCUCUUAUUCCAGUCGAUCUCUGCCGGGUAGCGCUCUGGAGCUGAGGUAUUCCCACGGGAGUGGCUCGCUCCCAACCGGCUCGACCACUCACCUGGAUCCCUUCGGUAACGCCUCCGCCGGGGGCGUGGUCAGGCGAAGUCACCGGGCCCGUUGGAGCUCCGCCAGAGAGGACUCGACCAAGAACCACAGUACUACUCUCUGUGUACAGUACCCAGAGUGGGAUAGCGGGGCUCUGCUGGGGACCGGGUUCGAGCCGGGCUUGGAUGUGGGCUGCUCCGACGACGAGGACGACGGGGACCCUCGGUUUGGCUCCGAGCUGAUGUCCCCCAAUGGACAGACGGACGUGCAGACUCUGGCCAUCAUGCUGCAGGAACAGCUGGAGGCCAUCAACAAGGAGAUCAAACUGAUCCAGGAGGAGAAGGAGAACACGGAGUUGCGAGCCGAAGAGAUCGAGAACCGGGUCAGCGUGGCUUUGGACCCUCCGUCCUCCCUGGGGAGAGACAGCACAGGGCGGUGCUUCAUCCCCUCGUCCAUCACGUCCUCCACCCUGGCCUCCCCCUCUCCCCCCAGCUCUGGACACUCCACCCCUCGCCUGUCUCACUCCCCGGCCCGCGAGACGGACAGACAGAACAGCAAAGAUGAUGACCGCUCCCUCGCCCUUCUUGACUCCACGCCUCCUUCCACUCCCCGUGCACUGCGGUUGGAGAGGAUGACCCUCACCCAUCCAGGGGCGAUGCUCGACGACCCACGGGAGUUUCGCAGUCUCUCGGCAGACGGCAGCAGCUCCAACAGCAGCCAGGAUUCUCUCCACAAGUCCAGUAAGAAGAAAAGCAUCAAGUCCUCCAUCGGGCGGCUUUUUGGGAAGAAGGAGAAAGGACGGAUGGGCCAACCCGGGCGGGACGGAUCUGCUUCUCUUGCGUCUACACCCUCUGAAGACAUGCCCUCUGGAGACCCGUUGGGGAUGAACAAGACUGGGACUCUGGGUCCGGCAGAUAAAGACCGCCGCAGCAAAAAGAAGCAUGAGCUACUGGAGGAAGCAUGUCGCCAAGGACUUCCCUUUGCAUCCUGGGACGGACCCACUGUUGUAUCCUGGUUGGAGCUGUGGGUGGGAAUGCCGGCCUGGUACGUCGCCGCCUGUCGCGCCAACGUGAAGAGCGGCGCCAUCAUGGCCAACCUGUCGGACACGGAGAUCCAGAGGGAGAUCGGCAUCAGUAACCCGCUUCACCGCCUCAAACUGCGGCUGGCCAUCCAGGAGAUGGUGUCCCUCACCAGCCCCUCUGCCCCGGCCAGCACCCGCUCUUCGACCAGUAACGUGUGGAUGACCCACGCAGAGAUGGAGUCCCUGAACGCGGCCACCAAGCCUCCGGAGCUCAAAGAGUUCAGCUGGGAUCAGAUACUGGCCUACGGCGACAUGAAUCAUGAGUGGGUGGGCAACGACUGGCUGCCCAGCCUGGGUCUGCCACUGUACCGCAGCUACUUCAUGGAGUCCCUGGUGGACGCCCGCAUGUUGGACCACCUGACCAAGAAGGAGCUGAGAGGACAGCUCAAAAUGGUGGACAGCUUCCACAGGGUCAGUUUGCACUAUGGCAUCAUGUGCCUGAAGCGUCUCAACUACGAUCGCAAGGAGCUGGAGAGGAGGAGAGAGGAGAGCGUCCACCACAACAAAGAUGUGAUGGUGUGGUCCAAUGAGCGCGUGAUGUGCUGGGUGCAGACCAUCGGCCUGAAGGAGUACGGCGACAACCUGCGCGAGAGCGGCGUCCACGGGGCUCUGCUGGCGUUGGACGACACCUUUGACUACACUGACCUGGCGCUGCUGCUGCAGAUACCCAAUCCGAACACACAGGCCAGACAGCUCCUGGAGCAAGAGUACAACUCCCUCAUCUUGAUGGGAACCGAGAGACGACCCGACGAGCAGGACGGAGCGAAGACGUUCACCCGCUCGCCCUCCUGGAGGAAGAUGUUUAGGGAGAAAGACCUCAGGGGCGUGACCUCCGACUCCGCCGAGACCCUGCCUGCCAACUUCCGUGCCUCAGCCAUCUCCACGCCCUCCGUUACCCUGAGAAAGGUUCAGAGCGAUGCCAGCUCUGGUGCCCGGGGGGAAUCCGCCUCAGUGAGGACGUACUCCUGUUGAGGGCUCUGAGGGCGCUGACUGGAUUGGGACUAGAGGAGCCGCUCGCUCAUCCACGGAGAAAGAAGCAAUGAAUAUAACCAUUUAAAUUUUUAAAAAUAAAUCUAUUGGUCUGACCAUUCUGCAAUAACAGAAGCAAAGGAACGAAGGCGGAAAAUGACAUGAAGAAUGUAUGAAUGUAUUUUCCGACCGGACCGGGAAGGUUGAAUGGGAUCAGCUGUUUUCUCUCUCUCUCUCUCUCUUCCUGUCCUUCUGUCUUUGCUCUUCCUCUCUCUCUCUCUCUCUCUCUCUCUCUCUGUGUGGGGUUAAUGAAGGACAACACCGGUGUUGGUUCGGUUCUGUGCCGGUCCCCCCUCCCUCCUCUCUUCAUUCCCGUCGGAGUCUGCACACAGUCAGCAGAGUUGGCAAUAUCAGGGCUCAUUUUCCUACCUUCAGAGGAAACCGCUACUUGCUGCCAUUUAUUCUCUUUACAGUUUGGAAAACAACUAAACGAGUCGCCUUAUAACUUCUGCUCAGCAACAGGUGUUUUCGAUGAAAGCCCGGGGGCAGAAGUUAACCUCACAGUAAAGUUUGGAUUUGAUAAACAAGAGGAAAUGACUGGAAGGACGUUAACAUUGGGGGGAAUUGGCCGUUAAUGGCGGUUAAACAACACCGGUGUUCUCCUGUCUGCCCGUGGUGUCCAGUGUCGGCCAUUAUGGCUCUGUUGUUGGCUUCCAUGGUCCCGUCAGUGGGUGUCCUAGUGUCCCCAAUUGGUGGGAGUGGUGUAGUAAAACACGUCCGAGUUCAGACCUCCGACCACUUCAGAGGGCCUCAGAGAUCUCCUCAGGCUUUGUGUCUAUUGGCACCUUGAAAGCCGAUCUCUUUUGAAGGGACCCCGUCAUAGAGAUCAAAGGGUGGAGCGAGGCCACAGAGGCUUUGUGCUCAUGACGGCAGGAAAUCCAUCAAGUUUGUGUUGGUACCACUUUCUGAAAAGACGUUCUUUGCUCGUUUAUCUAACUAGACAGCGAGGAAUCUCUGUCUGUGUCCUCUGCAUCUCUCCAGAACCGCCCUUCCGGUCUACUUCACUUUUCGUGGGUGUUUUGCUGGAGACCCUGUGAAGUGCUUUGUGCACACUUGGUGCAAUUUGGUCAAUACUAAUACAUUUAGAGUAAACAAGCGAACUCGGAGCUUCAGGGCUCUGCAUGCUGAAUAUACUAACGUUACAACAGAACUCUUCUUCACUUCGCUGCAGCACAUUGGCGGAGUCAAGUAAUCAGCCCGCUCUGAAAGGCCACGCGCUCCAAACGGGCACUGCACUAUUCAGCAUGUAAAAAACAGUUGUAUGAUGUCCACUGUGGUGCUGGGGGAGCUUUUCACAAAGACACAACUAAGUGGCAUUAUGGGAAAAGGGAAAAGCUUUUUUUUAAAGCUCGACUCAAAUUUGGGACUAAAAUGUCUCGGAUAUCUCGCCCUCUGAUGCUUCGAUCUUUACCAAUUUCUUUUUUUAUCGGAGUCUCCGAAGCGCAAUACUAAAACGACUGAGCACCAUUUAAUAAAUCAUCUAUUAAUACCUUAUAUAUCAGUAAAAAAGCUGCUAGUUUUGGGUUGCCGAGUUGUGAAAGAUCCAUUCCCAUUUUCAAACACAUGAAAAACAUGUGGAAAAAGGUAAUUAUUAACCAGUUAUCAAUAUUAUAUUAACAUUUAUUAACUGCAGACUAUAGUAGCUAAGGAUGAGGGAAGUCGUGUAAAAGUUUUCUGACUUCAUAAAGAGACAUUACAUCUGAUUUAGUCAUUAUUAAAGAGGUGUUCCACUCUAAAAAUCUAUCCUGUUUGGAGUUUAAAUUGCAAAUAAAUGGAACAAAGAGGUAACUAAAAAGACAUUUCACAACCUUGCAACCCAAAAGUACUUUGUAAUAAUACGGUAUCUUAUAACAGGCCUAUAAAUAACAUGCGUACAAAGUGAAACAGGAUUAAAAUAGUUGGUAAAGUAUGUCUCAUUAGAAAGUGGUACCAGAGUGCUUUAUAUUCGGACGUGACACAUAUUUAGGUCAGACUUAACUAAACUCCUCCACGGUGUCUCAUCAGCUCAGGGUCUUGGGUCACCCUGACAAAGGGAGAGUUGUCAGAGAGACAAAACAGCGACUCACAGGCGAGGAGAGAGAAAAACUAAAGUGAACAGAUGGACAGAAGCCGGUCAUUUUACUGCACACACAAGCCAUAACAGACCACCAAGAGCUCUCUGUGUGGGGGGGGAUCAGAGAGAGGGAGGGUGAGAGAGGAAGCCCAGGAAACAAAACCUUUAGCCUCUGUGUUUACGAUGCAUGUCAAACAAACGACAAUGACCUGAAUACAUUUUUUUUGGUGGUGAAGAUAUGCGUCUUUAAACAAUAUAUAUCUGUACGAUAGACCUACAGGGGUCGGGAGCCUGGGGAUCAAUUUGUAAAAUGUGUGUAUUUUUUUCAGUUGUAUUUCUUAUUUUUUACGAUAUCUAUUUAUUUUUCUUUAGGGUAUGUAUUGGAUAAAUGUAUGUACACGUUGUGUUCCUUCUCGGCUUCAUUUGAACUAGUUUUAAAUAUGAAAACGGUCAUUCAAAUACGCUACUGUGUGUGUACAUUUUGAGAUGCAAAUUGUGCAACGAUUUAACAGAUUUCCAUGAUUAAAAGUGAUAGUAAUACCAAUUGAAAAUAUCAUCUGGAGAAUAAACAAUAACGAUGAUGAAAACGGUGAUGUAAAAGAAACAAUAAAGCGAUCCAGGUGGAUCCGCUGAUCAUCACAAA